UCUACACACCCGGGAAUCCCGGACAUCGCCUGCUGAUCGAGAGUGAAAACUUUUUGAUCAUGUUGCCUCUGCGUGCAAUUGCAGUAAUCCUUAUGCCAGUUCUCCUGGGAAGUCAGGGGAAUAUAUUGCUUGGAAAAUGGAAUGAGACAGUGAUUGAGUGUUCGUCAAACACAGAAUUCACGUUCAAAUUUAAAAGUUGGCGAUCAAACAAUUCUAUAGCAAUUGCACAGUGUGACGUAGCGCUGAAAUCAUGUCAAUUGAUGGAUACUGUCCUAAAACAUAAAUACAACAUUUCUUUCACUGGCCGAGGUGGAAUUUUGUAUAUUAUCAGUCGAGAAAACGUUACAUCCGGAACAUACACGUGCAGUGAAACAUACAAGCCUGAUAUUUUUGCCAGCAUAAACAGUGCAUCUUUAGAUGGGGUUUUAAGUAACCGUUCCGCACAAGCCGUGUUUGGUAAAGCGACACCAGUGUCAAUAGAAUGUUCUUCAGAAUCUGACAUCACAUUCAGAUACAGCAGAAGAAACACAUAUGCAUCAAGAUCAAUUGCCGAGUGUGACCUUACAAUACAGUCUUGUCAUAUUUUAGAAACGGAAACUGAAAACAAGUAUUACGUUUCAUACACGGGGCGUGGGGGAAUUCUGCGCAUUAACAAUUUAGACGACAGAACAAUAGGGACGUACACCUGUUGUGAAACAUACAAUCACAACAAUUGUAUCAGUACUGACGUUAAUAUUUAUAAUAUGGACGAAUUACAUAACGCUUCAGAUGGUGUUCACUUUAUUGAGAACAACACGAUAGCACAAUCUUCUGAUGAAUACAACAAAGACGAAGGAACAAAUAUAUUGACUAUAGUUCUUCCAAUAUGUGCUGUCCCGAUAGUCGUCAUAGGCAUAUGCGGGAUCAUACAUCUCGUGCAAAAAAGAAACAGUAGUAAUGAGGGUAAUCAUUAUCCGGCUCUCUCAAUGCGACAUGAAGAAGAGGGGAGUCCGCUUAUUCGCAGUCAGGUCAACAAUUUGAACAUCGACUCCUCGAUCACUUUACCUGCAGAUACAGGUUCGUCACAAUUGACUGGACUCGAUGCCAGUUGGAAACAUGUUAUAUCGGAUAUAAAUGGCACUAUUACUGCAGUCAAUGAGGCGUGUGCGCCGGAACAUACAAUUAGAGUAAAAGAGACUACAGAGAAGGCUACUGAGAAGAUUUGUCCUACACAGAGCAAAGACAUACACUCCACUGACGAAAUGCAGAUUGAAGACAUGAACAUCGACUCCUCGAUCCCUUUACCUACAGCUAAAGGUUCGUCACAAUUGACUGCACUCAAUUCAAGUAUGAAACAUGACAUAUCGGAAGGUGAGAGCACUUUCUCAGAAGCUUCAGAGGAAGGUGCACCGAAUCGUACAGCACAUACAAUUGGAGCAAAAGUGACCACAAAUACAGCAACGCAGAAACUUUGUCAUACACCGAUGAAAGACAUUUCAUUGACAGACGAGAAGGUCGAAAACAUGCACAUCGAGUCCUCGAUCACUUUACCUGCAGAUACAGGUUCUCAAUUGACUGCACUCAAUGCCAAUUUGAAACAUGGCAUAUCGGACAGAAACGGUAAUAUUUAUGCACCUACUGAGGAGGGUGCGGCGGAACAUACAGCAAGUACAAUCAGAGUAAACGAAACAGAGACAGCUACGGAGAAACGUAGUGCUACAAAGAUCCAAGACAUACAACCCAAUGCCGAUAUGCAGGUCGAAGACAUGAACAUCGACUCCUCGAUCACUUUACCUAAAGAUGCAGGUUCGUCACAAUUGACUGCACUCAAUGCAAGUAUGAAACAUGACAUAUCGGAAGGUGAGAGCACUUUCUCAGAAGCUUCAGAGGAAGGUGCACCGAAUCGUACAGCACAUACAAUUGGAGCAAAAGUGACCACAAAUACAGCAACGCAGAUACUUUGCCAUACACCGAUGAAAGACAUUUCAUUGACAGACGAGAAGGUCGAAAACAUGCACAUCGAGUCCUCGAUCACUUUGUCUGCAGAUACAGGUUCUCAAUUGACUGCACUCAAUGCCAAUUUGAAACAUGGCAUAUCGGACAGAAACGAUAAUAUUUAUGCACCCACUGAGGAGGGUGCGGCGGAACAUACAGCAAGUACAAUCAGAGUAAACGAAACAGAGACAGCUACGGAGAAACGUAGUCCUACAAAGAUCCAAGACAUACAACCCAAUGCCGAUAUGCAGGUCGAAGACAUGAACAUCGACUCCUCGAUCACUUUACCUAAAGAUGCAGGUUCGUCACAUUUGACUGCACUCAAUGCAAGUAUGAAACAUUACAUAUCGGAAGGUGAGAGCACUUUCUCAGAAGUUUCAGAGGAAGGUGCGCCGGAUCCUACAGCAUAUACAAAUGGAAUAAAAGUGACCUCAGAUACAACAACGGAAAAACUUUACCCUACACCGAUGAAAGACAAACUAUUGACAGACGAGAUGGUCGAAAACAUGCACAUCGAGUCCUCGAUCACUUUACCUGCAGAUACAGGUUCUCAAUUGACUGCACUCAAUGCCAAUUUGAAACAUGGCAUAUCGGACAGAAACGGCAAUAUUUCUGCACCCACUGAGGAGGGUGCGGCGGAACUUACAGCAAGUACAAUCAGAGUAAACGAAACAGAGACAGCUUCGGAGAAACGUAGUCCUACAAAGAUCCAAGACAUACAACCCACUGCCGAUAUGGUCGAAAGCAUGCACAAUGAGUCCUCGAUCUUACCUGCAGAAACAGGUUCUCAAUUGACUGCACUCAAUGCCAAUUCGAAUUAUGACAUACCGGACAGAAACGGCACUAUUUCUGAACCCACUGAGGCGGUUGCGGCGGAACUUACAGCACGUACAAUUAGAGAAAAAGAAUCCACAGAGACAGCUACGGAGAAUCGUAGUCCUACACCGAUACAAGACAUACAACCCACUGCCGAUAUGUCAACCACGAUAAAUGGAACGUCAACGGAGCCAAAUGAUGCAAUAACAGGUGAAAUGAGUUAUGGAACUAUUUGCAAAAAGGGACUCAUCUUUGCAAGUGGUGUCGCCAGCACGUGUAUUGCCGUUGCUGCGUAUGGAUCGCUCCGUGGUCGGUCUCAGCGGCCGAAAUGAUUGCAGAGACAGCCGCUGACGGCAAGUCGUUGUUCACAUCCGAUAGCAAUCAAGCAAUUAUAAACAGGGCAAAAAAGACAACGCAAAAAAGGAAACCUGACGCGGAAAAAGACUGCACGCGUUCUGUUCAAGUAGAAAGCAAAAAGUAAUUAUACCGUGACAACGUACGAAGUCGUUUUUAUACACUUAAUACUAAUAAAAGAUAUAUUCAAUGCGUGUCAACUUAUAGCUAACGUCAUAAUGCCAAAAACAAGACAAUAACAAUUAAAAUGCAUAAGACGUGUUCUUUCGAUAUAAAAUAUGAUAUGGGGUAUAUUAAAUGACACGUUAUCCCAUAUGUAAUGGUGUAAGGAACAUAUACACGCGUUACGAUAAAACUAACACGACUUUAUUUAUUUUGCAUCCAUGAUUCGGAUUAACAUUCGGAUUGCAUUUAUGAUGAUUGAUAUAAGCAAAAAAAAAUUAAUCGGCUCUAGGUGUAUAUUUGAUAAUGUUUGAACAAUAUUUUCAGCGCAGCUACGAAUUUAUAAUGACAAUAGACCCUUUUCACAAUAGGCUAAAAUUGAUAAGAGGUCAAAGUCACGUGACUCGCAGAAAUCCAGAACGAGCUGAACGUGUAUAAAUGUUCAAUAGUCCUGCGCUACGCCGCAUUUGCGUCGCAUUUUAUUUCAGGCGGACAUUCGUUCGUAUGUUUUUAGACAACCUGAACAUUCGUGCCUUCGUUAUUUUGGCAAUGCGGAUAAUGGUUUCUUCAUAAUUUUGACAGCCCGGACAUUUGUUCCUUCGUAAUUUGGACAGCCCGGGGAUUCGUUCCUUAAUAAUUGCUAAUCCGGUCAUUUUUAUCACAUUUAAUAAAAAUAAUAUGCAACUCUGGGCAUUUAUCCGGUAUUUUAAUAUGUCGUUAUUGAAAUAGUUAAAAAAAAUGUUUUCAUAUUUUGUGUUAUACUUUAUAAUUGUUGGUAAGAUUGUAUCGUUAUCAUGAGAAUGAUAACGUUAAAAAUAUUCGAAUAUAUCGACUUACACUGAGCUUUGUAAUUUGCCAAACCUUGCAGAAAUCUGGGCGUUAACACUAUGUAGGAGUAUAUAUAUAUCCGGUCUGUCAAAAUAAUCUUGGAACGAUUGUCCGGGAUGUCUAAAUAGCGUGGGAAUGAAUGUCCGGGUAGUUAUAACUACGUAUGAACGAAUGUCCGCCUUUUCAAAACAAGGACUUAUACAAACAUGUUUUAUAAGUCCCUGGUCAAAAUUAGCGUAGGAACGAUUUUCCUUGUGAAAGAAUUUUCGGAUACAUAAUUAAGCGCUUAAUACUUAUAAAUAAACUUUUAUGCUAAACAAGAAACCUAUUUAGUGGGUACCGCUAAAAUAAAACUCCGUCAUUUGUUAUUUUGAAUCAAGAUUAAAUAAAAUGUAUAUACACGUAUACACUAGUGGUCCUAUAUACUAUGGCUUUGAAAUAUGACUUAGGUAUGAUAAUGUUUAUUUUAUAACCCCUCAUCAAUUUAUUGACUAAACAACACAUCCAUGAAUGCAUAUGUUUACCGUAAUUGUAACCAGUGUCAGUGCUCAUGAAAAUCCCGAAUGUAAUUAAUAAAAAUCAAAUGGUUUAUAAUCAUUGAUAUGCUCCGCCAAAGAUCUAUACACGUUCAGCCUCGUUCUGAAAUUCGACGCGUCACGUGAUAUCUAAAAAUAGCAACAGCGGUAGUAUUGUGAAACUGGUCUAUUAAAGAAAGCAAACCAUUGAUGCCAUCGCGGCAAACAUCACAGGGGCACCAUUUAACAGUUUAAAUUGCGAUACAUACAACAAUAUAAGGCGUCGCUAUUGCAACUUGACAUUUCACACGUGUUGCUCUAACAUAAAUGUUUACUAUGUGAUAUUAAUUACUAAGUGAUGAAGGAAUUGAAUUAUAAGUGACUGAUCGACUGUUUAAGUGAACAAGUCACACUGGAUUAACUGAGUUAAGGAACGCAAAAUAACCAAUUACAAUUCUCUAUACAAACUUACUGAUGUACAAGAUUUUUUUAGAUUUAGCCUUUCUAGAUUACGAGUAUCCUCUCAGAGAUUGAGAAUAGAAAGUGGCAGAUGGUCUAAGCCCAACCCUACACCUGUUGAGCAAAGGACAUGUACUGUUUGUAAUCGUCUAGAUGACGAAUAUCAUUUUGUGAUUGAAUGCAACUUAUAUACAGAUUUAAGAUGUAAAUAUAUACCUUCAUAUUUCAGAAACAGACCAAAUAUGCAAACAUUUGUUGAGUUUAUGUCUUCCGAUAGUGAAUCUGUGUUAAGAAAACUAAGUGCUUUUGUUCAUGCCGCUUUGUUAGUUAGAUCAACGAAUAUGUAUGCGCCCAUUUGAUGUAUUUUUACCCAUUUACUAGAUGAAAAAUGUAAACUGCUGCUGUGUUUUGAUUUUGUAUGUGAAUGAAAUCCUGUAUAAUAAGUACUUUUGUGUGAGUUCUUGUUCACGCCUUCUUAAUUUGUUUUGUUGAGUAAAUGUAUGUUAGAAAUAAUGCAGUAUGUAAUAAUAAGUAGGAUAAAGAUAAGAUCCUCUUAAAUUUAAAGUAUUUCAUCUAUGUAUGCUGUCGACUAUUUGCUUUAGGUGUAUAAUCAGUAUGUUGUGUGAGUUUUUUGUUUUACUCUCUUUAUGUUUUGUUUGAAGAGUAAAUGCACGUCAAAAUUAAUGCAAUAUGUAUUGAUAAGUAUAAGUAUGAGUAAUCUUUUUAAAUAUUAUUCUUACGGAAAAUAUGUAUUUCAUCCUGUAAAUUAUUUGUAAGCAAUAAUUAUGUAAUUAUUAUUUAAAAAGUUGAGUACUCGCUUAUUCAUAAUUUCAUGUGAUUGUUAUAAUCAUUUGUAUAUGUCUAUUACUGUAGUUAAAAUAUUGCUUGUACUAAAAUGUGUCCACAUGGGCCGUUGGCCUUCUGAAAAUGCUGUAAAUAAAAUCUGAAAAAUCUGA